AUGACGGUUGUUAAACCUUUUGUUUAUGUAUUCUUAUUGCUUUUAAUUUGCACAAGUGAGUAUAAUGUAUGUGGUAGAAAGCUUGUUGGUGAGGAGAAGACAUCCCUUGGAGUUAUGCCCAUGUUGAAUGACAUCAUUACUGGUGUCGACAUUGGUGCAGAUGGAAUUAAUGACGGAACGAGAUCAACAAUAUUGUCCAUUCAGAGACUUCUUCAAUCACUCCUUGUAGGUCUUCAAAGACUCGAUGCCAGGGAUAUAGUAACGCCUACAGGAGGGUACAUGGGUGAUACCCGAGAAAAACCUAAUUUUGGAGGAGGUGCUGUUGUUGGUGCUCGUACCACACCUUGA